GCAAUCGCUCGUCUCCUCUCUCUCUCUCUCUCUCUCUCUCUCUCUCUCUCUCUCUCUCAAAUCUCCUAGGAUUGAAGCACCCCAAUUUCAGCAACAGCUCUGUUUGAAAUAACUCUUUUCUCUUCUCUUCCCGAUUAUGGAAAUCGGCGGCAGUAUCGUUGGGUUCUUCAGAGAGAAAGGUUUUGAUGAUGAAAACAUUCAUGAAAUGUUCAAGAAAUGCAAGCGCUUGGAGGGUGCGGAGAGGGAGAGGGCCAGUGAGAAUUGGACUUACUUGAAUAGCAUAGGAAUCCAAGAGAGGAAGCUUCCGUCUGUCAUUGCCAAGUGCCCCAAAAUCCUGACCCUUGGAUUGCAUGAGAAGCUCAUGCCCAUGGUUCAGUGCCUUUCAACAUUAGCAACAAAACCAAGUGAAGUGGCUCUGGCCAUAACCAAAUUCCCCCACAUACUCUCCCACAGCAUAGAAGAGAAGCUCUGCCCACUUCUAGCUUUCUUUCAGGCCUUGGGAGUUCCCGAAAAGCAAUCCGGCAAGUUGCUGUUGUUCAACCCUAGGCUUAUCAGCUACAGCAUUGAAUCAAAGCUUGCCAACAUUGUAGAUUUUUUCGCCAGUCUCAGUCUGAACAAAGACGGGAUGAUUGGUAAGAUUCUGGUGAAGAACCCGUUUAUCAUGGGUUACAGCGUUGAGAAAAGGCUCCAACCAACAACGGAAUUUCUGAAAUCCAUAGGUCUAAUGGAGUCAGAUCUGCAAAGGUUGGCGAUGAAUUUUCCUGAAGUUUUGUGUAGAGAUGUGGAGAAGAUUCUCAGACCCAACUGGGCGUUUCUGAAGAGAAUUGGGUUCAGCGACAGACAGAUAGCGGUAUUGGUAACUGGGUAUCCCCCUGUUUUGAUCAAGAGCAUCAAGAAUUCAUUGGAGCCGAGGAUCAGGUUCUUGACAGAGGCGAUGGGAAGAAGAAUCGAUGAAGUUGAAGAUUAUCCAGAAUUCUUUCGGCAUGGUCUGAAGAAGAGAUUGGAAUUCAGGCAGAGGCUACUGAAACAGAGGAACAUUAAUUGUAGCUUGAGUGACAUGCUCGAGUGUAGUCCAAAGAAGUUCAUUAUCAAGUUUGGCGCAAUUGAAGGCCUUAGCUGAUCAUAUCGUGUUUGCCUGGGUUCCUUUUUUUUUUUCCCUGUGAUUUUUUGCCAUGUAAGUUCAUGGUCCUAAUGCCUUUGAAUUAGGUUUUGUUGAGGGCUUUGGCUGUAUCUUUUUGAAAGUGAAGUAGCAUUAAUGGACAUUUUACUUUCAGUAGAGCACUUUAA